AUGUAUUUCCUGCACGACAUGGAGCGAACCAUCACGCUGCAUCCAUCAUUCUUUGGCCCACGCGUAAAGGAGUACAUCAGAGGCCGACUUAUGGAAGAUGUCGAGGGAACAUGCACUGGCCAAUUCUACAUUAUUUGUGUGAUGGAUACAGACACCCAAGACUUUUCUGAAGGGCGAGUGGUCCCGGGCAGUGCUGUCGCAGAAUACACAGUACACUAUCGAGCCGUCGUAUGGAGGCCUUUCAAGGGCGAAACGGUCGACGCCAUAGUCAGCUCUGUGAACAGAGAGGGUAUUUUCGCUGACGUUGGACCUCUCCCAACCUUUGUCUCCAAGCAUAUGAUCCCGAGCGAUAUCAAAUGGGAUCCGAAUGCUACUCCGCCACAGUUCACGGACAACGGAGACCAAGUCAUUGAGAAGGGUACACAUCUACGGAUCAAGAUAAUGGGGACGAGGAGUGAUGUUGGCAGUAUGUUCGCUAUUGGAAGUAUCAAAGAGGACUUUCUAGGAACUCUCUAA